CAAGAGAUCGACAGAUAUUUGACGACGAUGAGCUCAUCCGGCGGAUCGAGCGGGAACUCGGGCUCGGCGGGCAAGCUAAAGGAGAAGGCCAGACUCAGCAGGACUUCGCAGAUCUUAUGGCAUGCUCAUCAGAAUGAUGCCUCCGCUGUACGCAAGCUUCUCGAGGAGGACGGGUCUUUGGUCAAUGCUAGGGACUACGAUAACCGUACGCCUCUCCACGUUGCUUCUCUCCUUGGCUGGAUCGAGGUAGCCAAGUGCCUCCUCGAGUUUGGCGCCGAUGUCAACUCCCAAGAUCGAUGGAGGAAUACGCCUUUAGCUGACGCAGAAGGAGCUAAGAAACAUAGAAUGAUGGAGCUAUUAAAAUCAUAUGGUGGAUUAUCUUACGGCCAAAACGGAAGCCAUUUUGAGCCAAGGCCAGUUCCACCCCCUCAACCAAACAAGUGUGACUGGGAAAUUGACCCUUCAGAGCUGGACUUCUCGCAUUCAAAUAUCAUAGGGAAGGGGUCAUUUGGUGAGAUUUUAAAGGCCACUUGGCGAGGAACACCUGUAGCUGUCAAACGCAUUCUUCCAUCACUUUCAGAUGACAGAUUGGUGAUUCAGGAUUUCCGGCAUGAAGUGAAUUUGCUCGUAAAGCCCCGUCAUCCUAAUAUAGUUCAAUUUCUCGGAGCUGUGACUGAGAAGAAGCCUCUUAUGUUAAUUACUGAGUAUUUAAGAGGGGGUGAUCUUCAUCAGUAUCUCAAGGAAAAGAAUGGACUAAAUUCAUCAGCAGCCGUCAACUUCGCGAUGGACAUUGCUAGGGGUAUGGCUUAUCUUCACAAUGAGCCAAAUGUCAUAAUUCAUCGAGACCUAAAACCAAGGAAUGUGCUUCUGGUAAACUCCAGCGCAGACCAUUUGAAAGUUGGAGACUUUGGACUGAGCAAGCUCAUUAAAGUUCAAAAUUCUCACGAUGUCUACAAAAUGACUGGCGAGACAGGGAGUUAUCGUUAUAUGGCUCCUGAAGUUUUCAAGCACCGGAAAUACGAUAAAAAGGUUGAUGUUUUCUCUUUUGCGAUGGUUUUUUACGAGAUGAUUGAAGGAGAACCACCAUUCGCAAAUCAUGAGCCUUAUGAAGCAGCCAAGUUUGUUGCAGACGGACACCGGCCUAAUUUCCGCUCAAAGUCAUUUGUCUCUGAACUAAGAGACUUAACAGGCAAGUGUUGGGCUCCUGACAUGAACCACAGACCAACGUUCUUGGAUAUUCUCAAGACGCUUGAGAAGACGAAGGAAAAUGGACACAGCGAUCAUUCUUGGCAUAUAUUCAAUCCAUGACAUUAAAGAUUUGAUGAAUUCGAUCAACUCCAGCUCUCCCAUUUGUGCAGAUAAAUAGUGGUAUAAGUAG